AUGGCCAGCUCGUUAUGCCUCCCCGUCUCCCGGCACCUCUCAUCCUUGAAACCCUUGCAGGCCCACUUCCGAGACGUCCGAGAGGGUAUCUGCGUGGCCAUCCAGCGCAGCGACGGGCGCAUCCACCUCGCCGUGGUCACGGAGUUCAAAAGAGAAAACACCUGGGUCACAGUAGAGUGGGUGGAAAAGGGAGUCAAAAAAGGUAAGAGGAUUGACCUAGAGAGCAUAUUCCUGCUGAACCCAGUGCUGUCCUCUGCUGAACACGCCGCACCGUCCAGGUUGUUGUCCCCCUUGUCUCUGGCGCCCUCUUCGGCCAUCGGGGACCAACAGGCGGCCACGCGGUGGAUUGCAAAGAUCCCCCAGAAACACGAAACGCCCUCAGGGGACAGCCUGGCUGUAAAAGUCCCCAGCAACCCUUGCCUGAUGAAGUGGAAAAAGUCUCCCUGCCUCCGGGAAAUUGAGAAGCUGCAGAAGCAGCGGGAGACUCGCAGACAGCAGCAGCUGGAGAUCCGAGCCCAGCGCACCCUGGAAGUCCGCACGGGGAACCCCAACUACGAGAUGGUGCGCCUGAUCGAGGAGUACCGCAGGCACCUGGACAGCGGCUCCGUGUCCAACCCGGAGCUGCGGGCGGACCGUCGGAUCUGCGUCUGCGUGAGGAAGCGGCCUCUCAACCAGCAGGAGACCAGCAUGCAGGACCUGGACAUCAUCACCAUCCCCUCGGACCACGUGGUCAUGGUGCACGAGUCCAAGCAAAAGGUGGACCUCACGCGCUACCUGGAGAACCAGACCUUCUGCUUCGACCACGCUUUCGAUGACACGGCCUCCAACGAGCUGGUGUACAAGUUCACCGCCCAGCCGCUGGUGGAGUCCAUCUUCCGCAAGGGCAUGGCCACCUGCUUUGCCUACGGGCAGACGGGCAGCGGGAAGACGCACACCAUGGGCGGAGCCCUUUCAGGAAAGGCCCAGAAUUGUUCUACAGGCAUGUACGCCCUGGUGGCACAGGAUGUCUUCCGGAAGCUUAAAACCUCAGCUUAUGAGCAGCUGGAUCUCAAAGUCUAUGGCGCAUUUUUUGAGAUUUAUGGGGGCAAGGUCUACGAUCUGUUGAACUGGAAGAAGCAGCUGCAGGUCCUGGAGGAUGGCCAUCAGCAGGUCCAGGUGGUCGGGCUGCAGGAGAAGGAGGCGUGCAGUGUGGAGGACCUGCUGAGCCUCGUGGCGCUGGGGAGCAGCUGCCGGACUUCUGGGCAGACGUCAGUCAACGCCCACUCUUCCAGGAGCCACGCGGUCUUCCAGAUCAUCCUGAAGUCGCGAGGGACGCUGCAUGGCAAGUUUUCUCUUGUAGACUUAGCCGGGAACGAAAGGGGGGCAGAUACCGCCAAGGCCAACAGGAAAAGACAGCUGGAAGGGGCAGAAAUUAAUAAGAGUCUCCUCGCGCUCAAGGAAUGCAUCCGGGCUUUGGGUCAGAACAAGUCCCACACCCCGUUCCGAUCCAGCAAACUCACCCAGGUGCUCCGGGACUCCUUCAUAGGCCAGAACUCCUCCACUUGCAUGAUUGCCACCAUCUCUCCAGGGAGGUCCUCCUGCGAAAACACCCUCAACACUUUAAGAUACGCAAAUCGAGUAAAAGAAUUAAGUCUAGAUGUCAGGCCCCACAAUCGUCGUCCCUAUCCCAUGGGACAUGAGGUGCCAAGGAUGUUGGAAGAUCACAUUAGAAAUUCAGAAAUGUCCCUUCGGAACGAUGAAUGUGUUGACAUGCCAUGUAUACAGAGAGAGAAGGAGGAAGAGUCGAGAGAAAUGGACAGGUUCUCCACUCCAUUCCUGGAGGAAACCAAGACUUCGUGGAAGGAAUCCAGCCCGUGGCCAGUGAACAACAUGCAGGAGACAUCGGAUGGGGUCAGCUAUGAUGUUCAUUUUUGCAUUGUCCAGUUAUUGUCCAUUUUGGAGCAGAAAAUCGGUAUUCUGACUGACAUUCAAAACAAACUGCAAUUAUUACGAGCCGACCUCCAACGGAAGAGAAAGGUUGAGUGA